CAGCGGCAGUGAGGGACACAUGGAUUGUGAAAAUACGAGAAUACCGCACACACAUACAACGUCUACCGACGAGACAGAGACCUCGGAGAACAAAGAAAACUACUAGAUUAGCUUUGCCAGUGUAUCUGUUUAGCGGUCUUGUUAUCAAGCACGUUUUACGUUUGUUUUCAGGACUUUGUAAUUAUUAUAAGAGGCGUGUUGGGACUUGUUUUUUUUUGUUGUUGUUGUUGAGCAACGGGGAAACUCAAUGGUUUGUUGUGACUUCUCCAAGCUGCUUUCUUUAUGUCGGAGGACAGCGUCUACUUAUGGGUGACUCACCAUCCUGACACAAUGAAAUUCUGAACCGUACCUGAGAAUUCUGCAGGCAAAUGUCAAGGAGUCACAUUCUCCCAGGUAGAAGAGUAUUAAUGUGUUCAACUGCAUCUGUUCCAAUGAGUUAACGUCAGGCUAUAUCAUUUACUCAUUAGGAUCGUGAGGACAUUGGUCCCUCUCUCCACUCUUCUGUCUCCCUUAAAAGCACCUCACUAUGGGCCAGAAGAUUGCACUGAGCAUUAAGUCAGUGGAUGUACCUGAGGACCCUUUAUACAGCCCAGUGCGACGUGAACUGCAAGGCCCAGAUUUCUGCCGGCCACCCAGACUGGAUUUACUGCUGGACAUGCCCCCAGCCAGUCCUGAGACUCAGCUACACCACGCCUGGAACCCUGAUGAUCGGUCUCUCAAUGUCUUUGUUAAAGAAGAUGAGAAGUUGACAUUCCACAGACACCCAGUAGCCCAGAGCACAGACUGUAUCCGAGGCAAAGUGGGCUACACCAGGGGCCUCCAUGUUUGGAAGAUACACUGGCCAGCAAGACAAAGAGGCACCCAUGCUGUUGUAGGAGUGGCCACAGUUGAAGCACCUUUACACUCAGUGGGCUACACUGCUUUAGUGGGAUCAGAUGCAGAGUCCUGGGGCUGGGACCUGGGACGAAACAGACUUUACCAUGAUGGAAGAAAUCAGCCAGUUUCUUCGACAGCGCCCACAUACCCCUGCUUCCUUGAGCCAGAUGAGUCCUUUGUGCUCCCAGACUCCCUGGCAGUAAUACUUGAUAUGGAUGAGGGCUCACUGAGCUUCAUGGUAGACGGACAGUACCUGGGAGUAGCGUUUAGAGGGCUAAAAGGCAAGCAACUGUAUCCCAUCGUCAGUUCUGUGUGGGGACACUGUGAAGUGACGAUCCGCUACGUCAAUGGACUCGAUCCGGAACCCCUCCCUCUCGUGCAUCUAUGCAGAAGAGUCGCUCGCCUGGCUCUGGGUAGGGAGCGCAUCCAUCACAUCGACGCUCUCCCGCUGCCUCAGACUCUCAAGAACUACCUCCAGUACCAGUGACAAUGUACACACUCACACAAGUGUGGGAGGCACACACAAGUUAUUGUUACGACAACCCUCCAAACUGAACUGGAGUUUAAAAAAAAAAAAAAAAGGUAUCAGCCGACGAUGUCAACAAGGACGUUGAUUGUUACAAGAGGCUAAACAUAAAUAUGAUAUGAACGAUAGUGCUUUUAAUCUCCGGGUUCUUGUCUUUUUUUUUUUUUUUUUUUUUAAAGAAACAACGGUCUUCUGCUCUUCACUGACUCAUCCAAAUGAGUCAAAUGAACAUACCUCAAGGCCUUCAUUGGUAUAGUUUUAGGAGAGUUGAUUUUGGCAGACAAUACCAGCUUGUAUACAGUUUCUCAUUUAGUAGUAUGAGAAAGUGUAUCCAAACCUUAUACUGCCACUUUGUUCUCCACAGACUUUGUGGAAGCAUUCAUGCAGAUUAACGUGUUGAUAUUUUUUCUAGUCACACGGGUUGCACAUGAAUAACAUCAAGCCACAGGAAACGGAGAUUAAGCAAGAACAUGGUCCAACCACACCUGCUUCCAUUUUCAGUUAUGUCCACAUUGUAGUACACUUGGACUAAAUGCAUACAAUAAAUUGCUGUAAUUGCCUUCAGGCACACAAAUAUUGCCACUUUUGUAAAAUUCUAAUCACAGUCUUCCCUACGUCCCACUUUGUUCUCACAUUUUUAUGUUGCUCAUUUAAUCUAAUUUGAUGAACUCAAAAGGACUGUGACAUGCUUGCUCCUCAGUCACCGAUUUGAAAGUCUUUAACUUUGGCAUCUAAUGUGCCUGCUUUUAAGACAUUAGAAACAGAAAAAGCACCUGACACUUUUUUUUUUUUUUUUUUUUUUUUUUUCUCCCCCCCCCCCAAGUGUUAAUAUCAGUUUUAAAUGCUGAUUUUCUAUCAUUACAUGUUCUUAAAUUUGUGGGUUUCAGCCCUAAUCUAAGUUGUAAAACUAUCGUGAAAUAUUUUUUCUGCACAUUUUGAGAUUUGUCUGCAGGGCAGGAUGUCUCGCAGGGAUCUUGAAGACUUUUACGGAAUGAGUCUUUUAAACGUGAAUGAGAAUAAACUUGGCUAAACUCAUACCUCCUUA